AUGGCGUGGCACUUGGCACAAGAAGGUGCCCAUAUUGUAAUAAGCAGUCGAACACAGGAACAUGUUGAUACAGCACUGGCACAGCUGAAGUCUGAAGGUCUUAAUGUUUCAGGAAUUGUUUGCCAUGUAGGAAAUGAAGAUCACCUAGAAAGGCUAGUCAAGGUGCCUGUUGAAAAGUAUGGUGGGAUUGAUAUUUUUGUGUCUAAUGCAGCAACAAACCCCUUUGUAGGCAAUAUGCUGGAUUGCAGCAAGGAAACAUGGAACAAGAUACUUGAUGUAAAUCUGACAGCAGUCUUCCUCUUAAUAAAACUUACUGUUCUUCAUAUGGAGAAACGAGGUGGUGGUGCCAUUGUGUUAAUAUCCUCUAUUGCUGGUUACAAUUCCACACUGGGUGUUGGUCCAUAUUGUGUAAGCAAGACUGCCCUUUUAGGACUGACCAAGGUCCUGGCUUCUGAGUUUGGUCACAUGAAUAUUCGUGUGAACUGUUUUGCACCUGGACUCAUUAAGACAAGAUUCAGUACACAUCUGUGGCAAAAUACAGAUCUAAUGAAAGGGGUAAAUAGAAAAUUGCCUUUGAAGAGGUCUGGGAACCCGGAAGAGUGUGCUGGUGCAGUGUCUUUUCUUUGCGCAUCUGAUGCUUCCUAUAUCAUUGGGUAG